AGUCAGAGGAACUUUCUGGGCAGCAUGCUUCUUUCCAUUGAUUGAUGAAGAAUAGCUAUGGAAAAAGGGAGGUCCUAUAACCAGAAGUGAAUGAAGAAGAGGAGAUCCACGUUGAAUGGGCAUUUGUUUUCAGGAAAUGGAAGCUGAUAAAGAUCCAAGGAAUUAGCAACACAUGCUGUUCAUCCCUAAGAGUUUGCAUUGUUCCCUGGAAAUAAGAACAAGGAAAGAAAAAAAAAUGAAAUUUCCUGUCUUCCCUUAUGCCCCGGAAAUGAGCUGCUUUCUGUUCCUUUUCUUUGUUAUUUUACCUAUUAAUAACGUGAGCCCGGUACAAUUUACCGUGACUGGGCCACUCCACCCAGUCAUUGCCUCUUUGAGUGAGGAUAUUGUGCUGCGCUGUCAUCUGUCCCCCAGAAUGAGUGCAGAAAACAUGGAAAUAAAAUGGUUUCGCUCCCAGAAUUCUUCAUACGUGCACCUUUAUCACAAUGGCAAAGAGCAUUUGGAAAAGCAGCAGCCAGAAUACCAAGGAAGAACAGAAUUGUUGACAGAGGGCAUUGGGGAUGGUAAGAUCGGCCUGAGGAUUUCUAAUAUCAGCUUAUUUGAUGAAGGACAGUAUCACUGCUCUGUGAAGAACAGGAGCUUCCAUCAGGAAGCCACACUGGAUAUAAAAGUGGCAGCAUCAGGCUCUACUCCUCUCAUUUCCAUUGAACGUUAUCAGGAGAGAGGGAUCUACUUGGUUUGCCAAUCCAGGGGUUGGUACCCAGAGCCCGAGGUCUUUUGGAGAGAUCCCAGUGGGAGGCAUCUGUUCUUUUUGGCUGAGGAAACAUCCCAGAAGAACGAUGGGCUGUUUGAAGUACAGAAGGACAUUCUUCUAACAGAAGGUUCAAAUCAGUCCUUGACUUGUGUGGUCCGGAACAGCCUCCUCAACCAAGAGAAAGAAUCAACCAUUCACUUUGCAGAUAACUUCUUCCCAAAGAUUGACCCCUGGAUAGUUGGUCUAUGUGUAUCCAUCCUGGUUCCUGUUGGCUUACUCGUUGCUAUUCUGUACCUGAUUAACAGAAACAGAAAGCUCAUCACAGAACUGAGUUGGAGGAAUAUGGUGGUGCCAAUAGAGAAAGCCAACAUAACACUGGAUCCAAACACAGCAAACAAGGAAUUGAUCCUGUCUGCAGACCAAAAGAAUGUUAUACAAGGCUUCAUGUGGCACAACCUCCCUGACCAUCCUUGGAGAUUUAAUAAGGAGCGCUGCAUUUUGGGAAAGGAGGGCUUUUCCUCAGGGAGGCAUUACUGGGAAGUGGAAGUUGGGGAAGAAGGGUAUUGGGCCGUGGGGGUGGCUAGGCAAUCUGUCAGGAGGAGAGGAAAGCUCAGCCUUGAUCCGAAUGAAGGCAUCUGGGCUGUGGAGAAGUCCUGGGUCCAAACUGUCCAGUACCAGGCUCUUACCGUCCCACAGACUCCUCUGCUGCUGCGCAAGAGACCCAGGAAAGUUGGGAUUUAUUUGGACUAUGAGAUGGGAAAAGUGGCCUUUCAUGAUGUCAAUCACAAGAUGCACAUCUUCACAUUUUUUGAAGCAGAUUUCAACAGGGAAACAGUUUUCCCAUUCCUGCAUGUGGGAAUAGGAUGCUGGCUUACAGUCUGCCCUUGAUGUUUUCCUUGCAGGAUGGAAGGAGUCGGCCUCUAUCCUCUAAUGGCCCUAACAUUGGACAGAUAGAGGCUAAGCUUUGGUGUGUCAUGAAAGGGCAAAAAAAUGGAAACUCUUCAAAGCUCUAUGAGGGAUGGCCGAGGGAGCAGGGUAUGUUUAGCUUGGAGAAAAGAAGGCUGAGAGGGGACUGGAUAUGUUUAAAUAUUUGAAACGAUGUCACACUGAGGAGCCUGUUUUCUGUUGCUCUGGAGACUAGGACAUGGGGCAAUGGAUUCAAAUUGCAGGAGAAAGUAUUCCUCCUAAAAGUUAGGAAAAAUACCUUGAUGGUAAGAGCAGUUCAGCAAUGGAAUACGCUGCCUGAGGGUCCAGUGAAGCCUCCUUCUCUGGAGGUUUUUAAGCAAAGACUGGAAGGCCAUCUUUGGGGUUUGUCUUGAUUGUGUUUUCCUGCAUGGGAGGAGGUUGGACUAGAUGGCCCAUAUGGCUUCUUCCAACUCUACAAUUCUGUGAAAUAAUUUAUUAUGAUUUUAUUCUUACUAGUAGAGAUGCCAUGAUGACCAAUGUUAGGUACUACCCAUCUUGGAUGGUGUGUGUGUUUUGUGUGAUGUUUACUGCUCUAAACCCAGGACAAACAGAAUGAAGAACAGAAGAAGAAGAAAGAAAGAGGAAUGUGUUCAUGAAACACAGUCUGCUUUGUGUAGUGAUGUGAAAAUUGGGUUAUGAUUUUGGGAGAUCAAGCCCUGCUCGACCAUGAAAAUUCACCGGGUGAUCUUGGGCAACUCAUUAUUUGGCAGCCUCAGAAGACGGCAGAAAACUUUAUCUGUGUUGAUUUUCCUGAGACAACAUUACGAUACCUGUUGAUAUAAUUUGGGGAUAACUUGAAUGCAAAUAGCAAUAAUGAAGGUUCAGACCAUGUGCUUGUUCUUAUUUCACACAAAGAGAGCUUUGCAUGGGGUGGAUGAUGAAAAGGAAACUAAGGUAUAUCAUGGUGGGAAUCAGUAUGGAUACAUCUUUAUUCGAGAAUUAAUGCAGCUUGACACCCUUGUUCAAUGUUAUGGAAUCACAGAAGUUGUAUUUUUACAAAAUGUUGGGUCUUCUUUUCCAAAGAGUGCUGAUGCCUCAAGACAUUACAAAUCCCAGGAUAAUAUUCUGAUUUUACAGUCUGAAAAUUUAUAGCCUCAAGUUUAUAAGCACUAGAAAUUUCCCAUGCAUUUAAGACAAGCCAAUGUACUUCUGCACUAACAACAUCUUUUGUGAAUGACUGUAGUUAAUAGUAGAUUCAAAUUAGUAAAAUGUUAAUGCACUGAAAAUGUGAACUCCUUCCCAAUGGAGGAAAUACAUUUCUCAUGGAAACUUUGCUAUAAAAUCAUAAAUACAGAUACCUCAUAA